AUGGGAAUAGAGGAGGCUGAAAUUUUGGAGAUGGACAUUGAAACCCUAGGGGAACUAGGGUAUGAUGAAAGAGACGCAAGAGUAGCAUUAAAAAUGUGUGAAGGCAACUUUGUACAGGCUCUUGGAUUCUUACUGGCUGGAGGACCUCUUAAAUGAGAUGAUGAGGAUGAGCUAGAUGAAAGUGUUGAAACUGAGAAAGAUGAUGCAGAAGAAGGUAGAGAACUCGAACUGAUAGGAAAAAUCAAGGCUUGGGUAGAAAAACAGAGUGUAGACGUACUGGAUAAUUGGGAGCUAAUAUUGGCCGUUCAAUCGUCCAGAGCAGAACCUCAUGAAAUUAAAGAAAGGAUAAAAGAAGUUAGCCUUGUAAGUGAAGCACCAAAAGAAGCACCAAAAGAAGCACCAAAAGAAGCACCAAAGAAGCACCAGAAGAAACACCAGAAGAAGCACCAAAAAAGCACCAAAAGAAGCACCAAAAAAGCACCAAAAGAAGCACCAAAAGAAGCACCAAAAGAAGCACCAAAAGAAGAACCAAAAGAAGCACCAAAAAAAGUACUUAAAGAAGCACCAAAAGAAACACCAAAAGAAGCACCAAAAGAAGCACCAAAAGAAGCACCAAAAGGAGCACCAAAAGGAGCACCAAAAGGAGCACCAAAAGAUGCACCAAAAGAAGCACCAAAAGAAGCACCAAAAGAAGCACCAAAAGGAGCACCAAAAGAAGCACCAAAAGGAGCACCAAAAGAUGCACCAAAAGAAGCACCAAAAAGAAACACUCAAAGAAGCACCAAAAGAAGCACCAAAAAGAAACACUCAAAGAAGCACCAAAAGAAGCACCAAAAGAAGCACCAAAAGCAACGCCAAAAGAAGUACCAAAAGAAGUACCAAAAGAAGUACCAAAAGAAGUACCAAAAGAAGUAG